UUCACGCGUCAUCACCAAAGACCUUUCCUGUCCCUCGUGUCAUAACAUGGUCGCUUUCUGAGCUGGAUGAUCUGGCAAUGACAGCAGCUCCGUGUCAUCUGAAUUCAAAUCGACGUGAAUCGAGGACUUCUUCGCCGACGCCAUGCCUCGCUACGAGCUGGCUCUGAUCCUGAAGGCGAUGCAGCGGCCGGAGACAGCGGCUGCUCUCCGGCGGACAGUGGAGACCUUGAUGGAGCGGGGCGCCGUGGUGAGAGACCUGGAGAACCUGGGAGAGAAACUGCUGCCCUACAAGAUGGACAAACAUAAUCAGAAGCACAGCCGGGGGGCUUACUUUCUGCUCGAUUUCUACGCUGCCCCCAGCAUCCUCAACGGCUUGCUGGAUCAUCUGCACCGAGAUGUGGACGUGGUGAGGCCCACCGUGUUGAAGAAGGACCCCGAGGUUUCCAACAGUGACUGCUGUGGCCCCAAAUCGUGAUUGCAUGUGUUCACAGCUCAUAUCCAGAAGAUGUACAGUCUGACGCUUCCCUCUUUGACCUUUUGCAUAGUUGUUGAACUACAUUUGGAUGUUCUGUCAUAAUAAACUACUUUUUUUCUCAA